CCCGCCACACCCUACUGCACACACGCACACAUGUCACAUGUAUAUUUUUGCUGUGAUCCGAUAUUUGGGCUACGUUGACGGCUGCAUGACAGAUAUAUGGUACAGGCCUCAAGCUUCAUUGGCGAGGAUUGGUAAGAUCGCAUGAUAACUGACAUGGCGUCCGAUUUCUCAGGGCCGUUUGAACGAGGGCGAGUGAACUGGAGAAGGCGUGACCGGGGGCGAGACACAUCGUGGUCAUGUGACAAACACAGCAAACCAGUCAGAUUCUACUGCGAAUAUCACGUGGUCGCUAUUUGUGACAUGUGCGUUACCGAGAACCAUACGCGAUGCAACCUAGAGACAAUAGAUGAUCUUCUUGACGAGAUGAAGAGAGACAAGACGGUUGAAGAGGGGAACAAGCAUUUACUCGAUCUUCAAGCAUGCAUACAAUCCUGCAAAGAAAUUGCAGAUUCGCGUCUACCAUUAAUUCGGAGCGCUGUUCAAAAUGCUUAUGAUGAUAAAAUUGAGAGGGAAAUUAAUUUGAAGCGAGAAAAGGAACGCGUGAUUAAUGAAGAUGCAGAUGACAAAAUACGACGAAUUAAUCAGGAGAGGGAGGCAAAGUUGAGAUUAUGUUGCCAAUUUUGUGAUAAACUAAUUAUACCUUUGAAACAGCAGAAGAGCGAGAUCCUUGAGGAGAUCACGCGGAUCAAUGGGAUCACGAAGUUAGAGACGAACUUAGAAAUGAAGCGUAAGAUGGUUUGUGAAAAGCGUGACAACGUCAAAAAACUAAAACAAGAUGAUAAAUAUUUGAUUAGAAAUACUCGGCAAGUUUUAGAAUUACUUGGUUCGUUACACGAUGAACAGGGCUACCAAUCAGCUUGGUGUUUGCUAAACACACUUGAUAGACUCACUUUCAUCAAGGGCCACAUCAACAGUUCCUUUUGUGGGAGGCUAGACUAUCCUUCAAUGCAGUGGAAACUCAUCAAAACUAUUGAAGUUCAAAAAUUUGAAAAUCCUUUGAACGUGCCGAAGUUUGUCGGGUUAGUGGGGUAUGACAGCAUUGCUGUUACAAACCACGACAGCAAUGACAUGGGGCUAUAUGUCAUCGAUCUAAGCCUAGGAACAUCCACGAGGGUCGUUAAGGGUACUCCUGGUACAUUCUUCGUCUCUUGUUCCUCCAUUGAUAGAUACAGGGUCGCGUGUGGUAAGUUCUGCAAAGGAUGCACUGGAGACGUUUUGGACAAUUGCGUAACCAUACACGACGACAAAUGGAAUCAGAUUCGAACCAUCCCUAUACCGAGAAAGGUUAAUUGUGAUUACGCGUAUGUCGACGUUGGCUCGGAUGGAAAGAUCCUUGCAGCUCUGUUUGGACAGUCCAACAUCCAUGUCAUCAACCCUGCUGAUGGCGAGAUCGAGAACACCAUCACGUUCACGGGGAAGGAAGUCCGAGGUAGAAUCCAUGCUUUGUCUUCGGGUAGCAUCAUCGCACGCAGUGGUGCUUGCGAAGUCACCGUCAUCGCAAGAAACGGAGAAACAAAUUCUUACAUCUACGACGAAGGCGACUUCUCUUUAUUCCGAUCUGAGACGCUCACAGACACCAUCUUUGUUACGAACUGGUGCAAAGAGCGCGGUAGAUGUACCGUUGGUCAGAUGUCUUCGGAGGGUAUCAUCAAGGCGAAAGGGGUUGUAGGAUACGACGACCGAAGCACGACUUUCUAUCGUAGUGCUUGCUUGGUGACUCCGUCUGGAAAGCUUGUCUUGUGUGACGAGAAAAGAAUAUUUGUUUACAAGAAAGAGUGUGUGUUAUGAUGGUAAAAGGUCCUCCUCGGUGAUAAAGAACCUAGGCUCGGCUCGGUAGUGUCAGGGUAGUUUUCCAGAGUAUUUUUCCAGGUUAGUUAUUACGGUAAUUGUCAGGGUAUUUGUCAUAGGUGAAGUGCCCCUAACUUGCCACGCUAAUCAGAAGUUAAAAAGGGCACCUAUCAUACUUAAAUAGAGGAAUUUAUCAGAGGUGCGAAGGGACCUUUAAAAAUAGGAGAAGGCCACUCAUUAAAUUAAAUGGGCGCAUUUAGCACAAAAAAGGGGGCAUUUAAUAAAAAGAAACAGGGGGUAUGUUAAAUAAGGGUCACUUAAAAUAAGGCUAAGGGGCACUUAUAAAAAAGGAAACGGAGCACUUGUCAAAGUAAAAGGAGAACCUCUCAAAUUUGAAUAAGGGCAGUUACUAGAGGUAAAGGGGGCAUUUACACAAGUUAGGGGCACUUAUAAGAAUGUAGAACGGGCACGUAUUACAGUGGGGUACCUGAAAAGCUAUUGGGGACACUCUGUCCCCUGACCCCCCCC